AGCUCUGAAAAGCCACCAGAGCUGAACUUAUCUCCAUUUUCCUAUCAACCCUUGGCACCGCCAUGGUGCUGUUGUACCGGGUGUUUCUGGUGGCAUUGGGAUUGCUGGUUUCGGGUUCCAGCUCCGAGAGCUGUGAAGAUGAGCAAUGCAUGUCCUUCAUGCAGAUGAAACUGGAAACACACCACCAUUUGGAUGGACAAGCCAAAAGUGCUGCGCAAGGAGUCUGCUUGCAGUCCAUGACCUGGGAAACUUAUCGCAAACCUAUCAGACAGGUAGUGCAGGAACAUCCUGAGAAUGAUGGAUGGUGCACUUACGGCCUCAUGGGCCACAUCUUCUCCAGCUGUGCUGUCGCUCGACGCCUUCAGAGCCUCGAAGGACUUCAGAGCAGUGCUCCGCUGGAGGACUCGUACUGUUCUGUAAAUGGAUGGUAUGAUUUGCCAGUGGAUCAAGCAGCCAGCAACUAUAGCUUUGUGGAACUCGCGUCCCAGAAGUACUGCGACUCCCUUGGGCAGGUUCUGGCCGGAGCUGAAAAUGUGUCUUUUGCCGAUGUGGCGAAGAUGUCUGCGGAGCACGAAGAUUCGCUCGCAGAAUCGAAGGAGCUCCCACUGCCUCAGAAGCUCUCGUUGCAGCUGCUUGGGGCUGUGAAGUGUUUGCUGUCCGGCCACGGAAAAUCUGCAACUAUCUGUGACAUUGCCCGUUGUGCCAAGAGAAAGGCAAGUGAUCCAGUUGUGACCGCCCCUAUUCGUUGAUCGCUUUGAAAAAAUGCUAAAAAAAUGUCAUUUC